CUGAGCGAUGAUCACAAGGGCUGGCAGAAAAUAAUUCAGGACCAGAAAGAGAGAGAGAAGGAGAAGGACUGCUUGUAGUUUAAUGUAUCCUAAUGGAGUAUUUAUUUCAAACUUGCCAGGAUUCUGAAGUCCGUCGUGUGCACAUGUAACUCUCCUCAGAAAUGAUGCAUUGGGAAGUCUUUGUUAUUGCUCUUGUUUAUCAUAAUGUCUAUACUUCUGCCACUGCAGGGAAAAAUAAAGCCCUGUUCCCGUCUGCAAUGCUGGUAAAAAGAGGGACAGCUGCCCUGCUAAAUCCUGUCUUCCAGAACUCAUUGGAGGAAGUAAAUCUGCUGUACGAGAUACUUUUGGCUGGCCUUGAGAUGAAUAAGACUCAGAGUAAAUUCUUAGUUAAAGAUGAAGAACUGUCUUCGCUCAAAAAAACCAAGAAACUGGAGGUGAUCUGGGAAGACGUGCUCCCCAAAAAGAUCACCGAUAUUCGGCGUCUGACCUCUAACCUGUCAAGACACAAGGGCCCGCUAAGCAAGGAUGAGUUUGAGCGGACUGUUCUGACCAUGGUUUAUACAACGUACUGGCUUGCAGAGGCCACAGGACAUCAGAAAGAGGUUUGGGCAGAGUCCUUUGUAAACCUCUACAAGGCCUUAAAAGACGACCUGUUAUAAAGGGAAAAAAUAUGGCAAAGGAGCCCGAGAUUCCAUUGUUUAUUGUUGAGUGCCUAUAUUAAUAAAACUUAUAGUAUAAUUAGGGCUUGAACUUCGAGGUUUCUAUUUUCCAUAUCUCUGCCCAUUAAAUGUUAAUUAGUUGUUGUUAAGCUGUGUCUGCAUCCUAAUAAAGAGAAAACAAAAUUUUGCUACAAACCAAGAAUAUUUAAAUGAUGGACUUGCUAUCAGUUUGUACUGGGUAUUUAUUUAUGCUGAACAGAAAAUCUGUUAGGACAACUGAUAAACGAGUGAAACUAACAAAAGCACAACAAUAAAUGCUAUUAGGAUCAGCGAUGAACAAUUAAAGUCAUUUGUCACAUCUGUUUGAAUUAAAAAUUAAGCGAAACAGCAAGCAACAUUGUUUUGUAAUUAACAGCUUUUUCUGAGUUUAAUUAGG